AGAAAUAGGUUUGUAGCACUUUGUUGUCAUCUCCAACCAAUAGUGAACCUGCUACAUUGUAGUGGCUGUUGUCUAUAAUUUCACCCGAUUUUCUUUUUUUAGCCGUUAAUUCAUUUCACCCGCGUUGAUAAUGAGGCUAAGAUGCGGCGAAAAACAGCUCGGGGAAACUCUUAACAUUAAAAAAGAAAAUCCCGGAUGGAGUUAAAAACGCUACAAUAUUAUAUUAUAACCAUGAUGGAUGUGGCAAGUUGGUGGCGAAUAAUAAUUCAAGAAGGAAUAGUUUAAUGCUGCACUUUUAGUUUUUAGGGGGAGAAAAAAAAAGAAAAAUUGAAAUGGGUGGCAGCGCGUGGCGGUGUAACUCGUCUGCUGGAGGGAGUAAAGGACGACCGGCGAAAGGUUUCAUGUGAAGUUGAGAAGCAGGAGAAAGGGGAGUCUCCGCCCGGAGCGAGAGGAUGAAGAAGACGUGGAGGCAUGACGCCUCGGUGCUCGCUCGUGUCUGACUUUUUGAGCUGUCAAUCAAACUGUCACAAAGAAGCUCAGUUUGAAUCAAUGAACUGCUGAGGUGUCCCAACGGCCCAGGUGUGCAUCGCACAAGCGCCCAAAUUUGCCCCGUUCAGCGUGCACAUCAGCUAAGCCACUGUUCUACUUUGCUGCUGAAAGGUAGAGCACCCCGACUCUGCCUGGAAAGCAGUGACAGACAGAGAAAUAGACUGGCCAGUGAAGAGUUCUCCUUUUAAUGGAUGCCUGGGUGGCCCUGCUCCUCACAUGGACAGGAUUUGUCCUGCUGAAGUGGACUGAUGCUGCAGAGGUCUAUACCAACUCUUGGGCUGUUCAGAUAAGUGGAGGACCAGAGGAGGCUGAUCGCAUCGCCAGGGAACAUGGUUUCAUAAACCAUGGAAAUGUUUUUGGAGAUUAUUAUCACUUCAGGCACCAUGCUGUGAAGAGGAGGUCAUUGUCUAUCCAUAAGGGGAUGCACAUCAAACUGCAAGAAGAACCAAAGAUCCUUUGGGCGGAGCAGCAAGUGGUGAAGAAAAGAAAGAAGAGGGACAUUUAUGAGGAUCCCACUGACCCGGAUUUUCCUAAGCAGUGGUACCUGUCCAACCCAACACAUCAAGACCUGGAUACAAAAGCAGCCUGGGCCCAGGGCUACACUGGAAGAGGUGUUGUGGUGACCAUUCUGGAUGAUGGCAUUGAAAAGGACCACCCAGACCUCAUCAGCAAUUAUGAUCCUGAGGCAAGCUAUGAUGUUAAUGAUGGAGAUGCUGACCCCCAACCAAGAUAUACGCAGCGAAAUGAGAACAGGCACGGAACGAGGUGUGCAGGAGAAGUGGCAGCUGCAGCCAACAACGGAGUGUGUGGAGUGGGCGUGGCCUAUCACGCAAAAAUCGGAGGAGUUCGGAUGUUGGACGGCGAGGUGACAGACGUGGUAGAAGCUCGCUCUCUGAGCCUCAACCCUCAGCAUAUCCACAUUUACAGUGCCAGCUGGGGCCCCGAGGAUGACGGCAAGUCCCUGGACGGCCCCGCCAAGCUGGCCAAGGAGGCUUUCAUCCAGGGGAUCACCAAGGGGCGCAGCGGCCUCGGUUCCAUCUUUGUCUGGGCUUCUGGUAACGGUGGUCGAGAACAGGACAGCUGCAACUGUGACGGCUACACCAACAGCAUCUACACCCUGUCCAUCAGCAGCACCACACAGUCGGGAAGCGUGCCGUGGUACAGCGAGCCCUGCUCCUCCACCCUCGCCACCACCUUCAGCUCCGGAAAUCCAGGGGAGAAACAGAUAGUCACCACCGACCUGAGGCAGAAGUGCACCGACUCUCACACGGGAACGUCUGCCUCCGCCCCCCUGGCUGCAGGGAUCAUCGCUCUGGCGCUGGAGGCCAAUAUGAACCUAACCUGGAGAGACAUGCAGCACUUGGUGGUGAGAACGUCCCAACCCGGGCACCUCAGCGCCGCAGACUGGAAAACCAACGGCGUGGGGCGCACAGUGAGUCACUCGUACGGUUACGGGCUCCUGGAUGCUGCAGCCAUGGUGGGUUUGGCACAGAACUGGACUACAGUGGGGCCCCAGCACCAGUGUGUUCACACCAUGCUGGCAGAACCCAGAGACAUCGGGAACAAGCUGGUGUUCAGCAAGAGCCUGGAUGCCUGCUGGGGGCGACCCGACUAUGUCAGCUCUCUGGAGCACGUUCAGGCUCGCCUCACGCUCUCCCACAACCAGAGAGGAAAAUUGGCCGUUCAUCUCAUCAGCCCGCUGGGCACCCGGUCCACCCUGCUGUUCCCGAGGCCCAAUGACUACUCCUCAGAGGGGUUCAACGACUGGGCUUUUAUGACCACCCACUCAUGGGAUGAGGAUCCUCAAGGAGAGUGGACCCUAGAGAUAGAAAACGUGGCACCUAAUGGGCAUGACUAUGGUGUGUUGACUCAGUUCACCCUCCUGCUGUGGGGAACCGGACCCGGCUUGGUCAACCCUUCGUCUCCAGACUUUCCUCGUCCGUCUAACAACAGCUGCAAGACCUUCGAUGCUCAGCAGAUCUGCAUCGAGUGCAGCCCCGGCUUCUCCCUCUUCCUCCAGGGCUGCGUGAAGCUGUGUCCUCUGGGCUUCACCUCCGGACCGCAGCUCCUCAACCUCUCCCUGGAGAACUGGGUGGACUUGUCUUUGGUGCAGGCCUGCCUCCCCUGCAACCCCGCCUGCCUCACCUGCUUUGGCACGGGGCCCACAGACUGCCUGUCCUGCCCCCCUCACAGCCAUCUGGUCUUCACUUCCUGUUUGCACCAGAACCAAGUGCAGCGGAAAUCUCCUCUCACAGGAGGACUCCCCAGCUCUGAGGCCCAGCCAGAGAGGAGCUCAGCGGCAGCAGACGGCAACAACAGGGGGGCCGAGGAGCCCCCGGGGCGCGGGGUAGCCCCACCUACCCAGCAGCACGUCAUGGUGGCGGUGCUCAGCUGUGCCUUCAUCCUGGCGGCCUUCAUCGGCAUCUUCUUCUUGCUGCACGUGCGAGCGGGCGGGGCUUCUACGGGCUGGAGGACCAAACUGCCCUCUGUGUUCUCAGACUCCAGAGGCGGGGGGGCGGGCUUCGGUUUGAGUCUUCGGCAGGGACCGCAGAGGAAGGCUCGGAUAUGCUACAAGGGGAUCCCCACUGUGUGGGCCGACGAGGGCUUGAACGGCUGCGAGUCUGAAUCAGACAACGAGGCGGGGGACGGACACAAUGAGUGGACGGCUUUCAUCAAGACGCAGAGCUCCAUCUAGGUGUUCUGGGGAGGACGGGCACAGAGAACACAAGGCCUUACCGUCCCAUCAGCACCCCCCAAAGUGCAUUAAAACCUCUUUUUCUACGCUUUGUCGUCUAACUCAGAACUUCAUGGUAUUUAUUAUUACACCCUUAAUUAUUUUCAUGCAUUUCUCGUGUUCUUCUUCACUCCUGUAAAACAAACAAGCCGACUUCAAAAAAAGUUUUCAAAUCCAGUUCUAAUCAGUUUGACCUAAAGAAAUGAUUCUGUCUCCAACAUUACCAACUUCAAAAAAAGAAACCAUUUUUUUUUUCAAAUUGUGAAGUAAACUUCUUCUUUUAAAAGCUUGAAUGAAGAAAGUAAAGGUUGACCCCUUCAUACCUGGCUUUAAUUCCAAUUAUAUAAAAACAUUUUCUUCAGGGUUUUUUCUAGGGGUGGAACAAUUAAUCGACCUAAUCGUUCAAUUUAUAUUCGAUCCAAACGGAAGUUGUUAAUCAAAUUGAUCUAUCCUUUUAUAAAAUGGUUACAAAAUGAAAUCAGUUGAUUAUGUUGAUAUUGGAAAAUACCAUUUGGAUUGAGACAUGGUAGGUUUACUAUAACGUAAAAACAACCAAAUGCAUCACAGCGGACAGCACACAUUUGAUGACAGCAAAAAGAUGAACAUGUGACCAUGUGACCAUCCAGUGGGCUGAACUUUAGGAACUAAACUGAAAAUGGAUUUGCCAUUGAUUCUUUACGUGUUUGUUUGUACACACAUUUAAUUUACACUUGAUUAUUUUGAAAUAAUUCCAAGGAAUCUGGAAAACUUCACGUGCACUGGUCAGUACUCGGGUAUUUGUCUCUGAGUCUCACUGGUUGAGGCUAAAGAUAUCCUGGAUCCAUUUUAUGUCAGUGAAUCAGAUCGUUCAAACUAAACCGAUAUCGACUGAAUCGUAUCGUCAAAUUGUUACAACGAAUUUUUACACCCUUAGUUCUUUUUCCAGUCCAUGUGAUUCUAAAUUAAGUGGAGUCCCGCAUUUAUUUGCACGUUGGGAAUUAAUGACAUAGAGCAUGAAGGGGUUCAAUCUUUUUUUUUUUUUUUCGGAAGUUGAUUUUUCUUUGAAAAAUCUGAUCUUGUGGAUGAGUUUCUUGACAAAUUUCUUGUGAGAAUCAUUUGCUUCUCAUUUCUAUGACUAAAACCCCAAAUUGUGGCUCUCUGCAGCGCUGGGACCGCACAGAGAAUCCUCCCUCAGGCUGCUUGAACAGAAGAAGUGUGGAGGAUGUUGCGCUCUCAGCCGAGCCACAGUCGGGCAGAAAAGACAUUUGAUGAAUCAUUCACGGAAUCUCACCGACUUGUUGAGGAGUAACUCUUGUUUUUUUUAAUAGUACAAAAAAACAAAACCCCACUUAGCCCAAAGCUGCUUGGCUGACCUUUUGCAACAUUAUCCAACUCGGUCGCCGCUGGAGAGGAGCACGAUCGUUUUCUCCUCAUUUCCCCCGCAGAGCAUAGUGUAUAUUGAUUUUGGGGCUUCUCCCGCCAGAAUGUUUUCAUCGAGGUGCAGCUUCCUCCUCUUCUGGUGCCAGCACAGCACAUAUGAGGGGAAAAAAACAAACAUACACUUCCUUUAUUUCCCAUUUGAGUAAACAACACAAACUGAAUCAAAAAGCCAGGUUUGUUACAGAAUUCCAAUAAAACAAAGGAAGGGAUGUCAGAGGGCAUUUUCUAUGUUUGUUUUAUACGCUUUUUUUUAUUUAACUGAAAGUGGGUGUGAAUAUUGUAGAGAUGAGUUUCACGCUGGAAUAAAGAUGUUGGCUGUCGCAUAAA